CCAAAGGCAAACCCAAAGGGAGAUAAUAUAAUUAGUAGUCUUAAACAUGAGCAGACUCCACUUCAUCAGUCUUCAAACUACUUCAGUUCAUUACUAGCAAUAGGAAUGCCCUCUUCUUAAUGAUCCUUCUCCUUUGUUUUUGCGCAACUAAUGUCUGCUUAAAUUUCAAAAUUGAGUUCGGUGGUGUGCUCUUUAACUUUAUGGUGAUUUUCAGCAUUGAUAAUUGAGUUGGAAAAAGAGGACUCAGAGCUGAAGUAAACUGUAACUCCAAAAUUAUUGGUAUUCGUGUUGACAAAUCUAUAUUACUUUUGAUUAAGUAAUACGAUGGCAGCCCCAGUGGUUCAUAUAAGUCUUUUCUCACAUCCUAAAACCAAUAUCCACGUUGCUCCUCUCUCUCUUAUACCGAAGUGCACCUCCCUAAGAGAGCUCAAGCAAAUUCAUGCCUUUUCCAUCAAAAUCCAUCUCCAAAACGACAUAUCUGUCCUUAUUAGACUCAUCAACUUCUGUACUGUAAAUCCCACAUUCGCUUCCAUGGACUAUGCUCAUCACCUGUUCGACCAAAUUCCUCAACCGGACAUUGUUGUUUUCAACAUGUUGGCCCGCGGCUAUGCACGAUCUAAAACCCCCCUUGGAGCCAUUCCACUCUUUGCUCAAAUUUUAUCUGCGGAUAUCCUUCCUGAUGACUAUACCUUCCCUGCCCUACUCAAGGCGUGUGCCUGCUCAAAAGCCUUGGAAGAAGGUAAGCAGUUACAUUGUCUUGCUAUCAAACAUGGCCUUAGUCUUAAUGUUUACGUUUUUCCUACGCUAAUAAACAUGUAUACUGCCUGCAACGACAUCCAUGCGGCUCGCAGAGUUUUUGACAAUGUCGAGGAUCCUUGUAUAAUCAUGUAUAAUGCUAUUAUCACUGGUUAUACUCGAAAUAGUUUACCGAAUGAGGCGCUCGCAUUGUUUCGUCAGUUGCAAGUGAGCAAUGUUAAGCCCACUGAUGUUACUAUGCUGAGUGUGCUUUCUUCCUGUGCUUUGUUGGGAGCACUUGAUUUGGGGAGGUGGGCACACGAGUAUGUUAAGAAGAAUGGCUUUGAUAUCUAUGUGAAGGUGAACACUGCAGUUAUAGAUAUGUACGCAAAGUGUGGAAGCUUAGAAGAUUCAGAGUCUGUCUUUGAGAACAUGCCAGUGAAAGAUACGCAGGCUUGGUCGGCAAUGAUUAUGGCCUAUGCUAUUCAUGGACGUGGUUCCAAAGCUGUAUCAAUGUUUGAAAAAAUGAAGAGGGAACGAGUCAAACCUGAUGAGAUUACAUUUCUGGGUCUGUUAUAUGCUUGCAGUCACUCUGGAUUGGUAGAAGAAGGUUACAAAUAUUUCUAUACUAUGAGUGACAAGUACGGUAUUAUUCCUGGUAUCAAGCAUUACGGGUGUAUGGUGGACUUGCUAAGUCGAUCUGGACAGUUAGAAGAGGCUUAUAAGUUCAUUGAUAAAUUGCCAAUUACGCCGACACCUUUACUCUGGCGAACCUUGUUAUCUGCUUGCAGCAGCCAUGGAAAUGUAGAACUUGGGAAGCUGGUAAUAAAGAGAAUUUUUGAACUAGAUGACUCUCACGGAGGAGACUAUGUCAUCCUCUCAAAUUUAUAUGCAAAAACAGGAAGAUGGGAGGAUGUGGAUUUGUUGAGGAAAAUGAUGAAUGAUAAAGGAGUGGCCAAGAUUCCAGGGUGUAGCUCCAUUGAAGUGAAAAAUGUAGUCCAUGAAUUCUUCUCUGGGGAUGGCGAACGAUAUGUUUCAACUGAAUUGCACAGUGCCCUCGAUGAGUUGGUGGAAGAAUUGAAGGUCAUCGGUUAUAUACCCAACACGUCCCUAGUUUCCCACGACAUGGAAGAGGAAGACAAAGAGAUUACUCUGAGAUAUCAUAGUGAGAAGCUGGCCAUAGCCUAUGGUCUUCUGAACACUCCUGCUGGGACAACAAUCCGUGUGGUUAAGAAUCUUAGAGUAUGUGGGGAUUGUCAUUUGGCUGCGAAAUACAUAUCGUUGUUUUCUCGAAGACAAAUAAUUUUGAGAGAUGUUCAGCGAUUUCAUCAUUUUAAAGAUGGAAAAUGCUCUUGUGGAGAUUUUUGGUAAGAAAAUUUUUGGAACCAAAAGGGUGUUAUCAUCGAUUACAUCAAGAAUUACAUUUAUAGGCCGUUUUCUCUCAUAUGAGAGGUGUUUUCAAUUGCUAAGAGGAUACAAAUGAAAAGGUAACCCAGUUUCCCUCGCUUUCAUCAUUUGGCCUAAUUAAAACUACUGACGUGCAUAGUUAAAGCGACUGCGUGGGAUAUGAAUCAUUUACUUCCACGAUUGAGAUAGUUUUUGUGUUAACUAUAUAUGCAUGAUAUCUUAGUACAUAACAAAUUCUAUAUGAAUUUUUAAGUUCUUAAUUCACAUAAA